UGUGCAGCUGCUGGAUCCUGCUGUGCUGUGCUGUGCUAUGCUGUGCUGUGCUGAUCAGAUCACGCUAACGUCUCCUGCUCUGGUUUUCCGAGGUGAGUUCCAGUUGGGAAAGUGCUGAAGGGCCACUCACCACCAACUUUUGGUCGGGCAAGUUGACUCCGAGCAGAUGCAACAUAGCGCUGUGUGUUUGAAUGUCGUGCGGAAGGAGUGGGAGGAUCAGAUCGCCAUCCCGAAACUGCUUUUUUCUUUCAUAGAGAAAUCCGCACAUCUGCGCACCUAUCACGUCACCGAAGUGGCUUCUAAGCGUCGCAUACGAAAUGGGAAAUCAUCAGGGGGAGUGUGGGGGCAGCACACAAAAAAAACUAGUCUGGCUACUAUUCCUCGCGGGGUCGGCGCGUCCUCUGGAGGAUCGCCAUGAUCUGUUCCUCCUCCUCCGAAGCCUUUCUCUUGGAUGCCUUUUGGGUGCUGUCUUGGACGCUAUCGAGAGUGCAGUUGUCGAUGCUGCUACUGCUACUGCUGGUUCCCUCAAAAGCUUGGUGGUCCUUUUCCUCAGCGCCCCCGGUGGUCUCCGUCUUCAUCCACGGAUAAUUUCCCUCCUCGUCUACCGGCUGCAGGUACAAAGGCCGCUGUUGGUGGAGCAGAUGUCCUUAGACGGCAUUCACCAUGUUGUGGGCCGCCAUCUCAUCCCUGUGGAAUGGAGUUCCACAGUCCUCGCAGAAGAGCCUUCGGAUAGACACCUGGGAAACAAAUGUGUGACAACGGGGGCAUUUCUUGGAGCUGUAAUAUUCAUUAACACCAGAACGAUGUAACUAAGCGACCUGGCCUAAAGAGCGAUGGCGGUGAAAUGUGUGAAAGUCAAUAAAUGAACUAUCUGUCGUAGGGACAAGAAAUCGCCAGAGGAG